CUACUCACGUCAUGUUCAGCGUCAUUUGAACAACCACAAAUUGACAAUAACACAGUAGAAGAGCGGAGUGAAUGGAUCAACGAUCACAAAUGUCCCGAUCCUAAAAUAAAAUUCUUUUUGUUCACACGCGAAAAUGUCGACAGCCAACAGCUUAUUUACAUUGAUAAUACCUUAGUAACAUCUAAUCUCACGAGCUCGUUUUUCAACCCACAAAAGCCUAGCAAGAUCAUAAUUCACGGCUUUCGUUCUGACAUGUUUUUAACGCCACUUAUUGAAAUGAAAACUGAAUAUCUCCGAGAUGAUGCUUACAAUGUUUUCUAUGUUGAUUGGUCAAACUUAUCAAUGACUCUUUCCUAUCCAUCUGCUGUACGAAGUAUUGAACACGUAGGAAACUGCACAGCUGAGUUGGUAAAUCGUUUAAGAGAUGCUGGAGGUAGUGAUACAGAUAUUCAUGUUAUUGGAUUUUCUCUUGGUGCACAAGUAGCAAAUUAUGUUGCCAAUAAUCUUAAGCCACAUUAUAUCUUACCAAGGAUUACUGGAUUGGAUCCGGCAUUGCCACUUUUUGUAACCAGCAAUAAAGCACACAAACUUGAUGCAUCCGACGCUAAAUUUGUUGAUGUUUUUCAUUGUAAUGGUUUAAUGCAAGGUCAAAUUGAACGAACUGGUCAUGUCGACUUCUAUUUCAAUAAUGGAAUUUAUCAACCUGGAUGUGCAUCAAAACUUGUUGACAUCUCUGCUUGUAGUCAUCAUCGUUGCCCUGAAUACUUUAAAGAGUCAAUCCAAACAACGAAAGGAUUUUAUGGUUGGAAAUGUCAAAGUUAUUUUAAAUAUGUUUUGGGUUUGUGUUCAUUUGAUGGAAAUAAUUUAAAAAUUGCUGGUAAUGAUUGCGAUUCAAAAUUACGUGGAGUAUUUCUUGUCAAAACUAAUUCUGAAUCCCCUUACGCUAUUGGACGUGAGUCUCUUUCAUCAAUUGACACACGUGCAAAACGACGAAAUGAUGACAUGUUAAGUCAAGAAUUAGAAGCUUUUAAUGCUGACUUAGAGAGUGGAAAAUUUCACGAUCUCAGAAAUUCUGAUAAGUUGAAAUAUCUUAGUCUGAUGAAGUCAUUAAAGCAGCUUGGUGAGGUAGUUCAACCAAAAGUUUUUUCAAUUAGCAAUAACCAAGUAGAACGUUUCUCGUGAUACAAUUUAAUCUACAGAGAAAGUUAACUUUUCUCAUGAAACUUAGCUUUGAAAUGAUGAAGUUCGAGCAACAUCUUCUAAUGAAGAAAUAUAUAAAUUUAGCAAGGUUAAUAUAGCACAUUAAUCUAGAUAAUCAAAUAAAGUUGAAAAAGCAAUCAAUACCAAC